AUGGCUGUCAUCAAGAUUCACUUUCUAAUGGCAAAUCUAUCAUUUAGAGACACUACUAAUGACAGCAAUUUUCCCUUUCUUUCCUCAGAUGGUAAAAUAGCAGCAAGCAGAUCAGGUGGCUUCUCUUAUGGUAGUUCAUCCUUUGGUGACUUGGACAGAAAAAAGCCACUCUUUAGCUUGGAAUUUGGUUCUCCAGGAGAGGCUGAAGACAAGUCCAGACAACGUCAGAAUGCUGGGAGUUCAAGGUCAGAAGACACCCCAGCAGGUGGCUUUUUUUACAGUAGUUCAUCCUCUGGUGACUCAGACAGGAAAAAGCCAUUCUUUAGCUUAGGACUUGGUGCUCCAGGAAAGGCUGAGGACAAGUCCGGAGACAGUCAGGAUGCUGGAAGUUCAAAGUCAGAAGACACCCCACCAGGUGGCUUUUUUUAUGGUAGUUCAUCCUCUGGUGACUCAGACAGAAAAAAGCCACUCUUUAGCUUUGAAUUUGGUGCUACAGGAGAGGAUGAAGACAAGUCCAGAGAACGCUGGGAUGCUGGGAAUUCAAGGUCAGAAGACAGCCCAGCAGAUAGCACCAAUACAAGAUAUGGUGCUGGCUUUAGUAGCAGUGGUGCCUCUCUGCAUGUGGGAUUUGGUUGGGGGACAUCUGAUGAAAAGGGAUUGGAAGUUGGUAGAGCUGAUGGGAGUGAAACUAGAGGCAGUGGAUCUGCUGGGGGUGAAACCAUAGUCUUUGGAUCUGAUGCAGGUAGCUCAGUUGGAACUGGUUCUUCUGGUUUGAAACUUGGAGCAGGGAAAGGUGAUGCUGUAUUUGGUUUUGAAGUUUCUGAUUCGAAUUCAUUUGUUGACAGUGGCAUUAGUAGCAAAACAGUUGAAGGAAAUCAAAUGAGUAGUUCUGGAGGAUCUGUUUCCACAGAUCUAGGUGAUACCAGUUUAAGAAGUGAGAAUCAAUUUGUUGGUGGUGGCUCUCAAAAUUCGAUAUCAAAUUUAUGGGAUUCUGGUCAAGAGGGAUUCGGAAUCAAUGAAAUUGGAGGGAAUGGAAUGAGUGGCAGUGUAUCUGCUGAGGCUGGAUUCGAAGGUUUUGGAUCUAAUGCCAGUAGCUCAGGUGAUUCAAGUGCAAGAAAUGGGUUUGAAAAUUCUAGUGGUAUCUCUGAAGAUUCAGGAGUCAUAUUGGGGUCGUCUGAUCAACACGAAGUUGAAGUCAGUAGAACUGGUGGGAAUAGAAAGAGAAGCAGUGAACCUGCUGAGGCUGGAAACUUGAGUCCUGGAUCUGAUGUCAGCAACUCCGGAGGAAACACUUGGUCUUCUGGUUCUGGAAGUGGUGGAGGAAGUGUCACAAGCUCGUCUGAAUAUAGUACAUCUGGACCACUCAAUACUCCAGAAAAAGGAUCCCACAUUCCAGAAGCAACUCCAAAAUAUUCAGAAACAAAUGCGAUUAUUGGUGAAGUGUCUACCUGGAGCAAAGGAGCAUAUAAAUCUUUCAACGGCCGCAUCUUUUUCUUCGAAUCUUCAUGCCCGUACACUUUCUGCCGUCACUGCGUUGAAUCUGGAGGGGAUUUCAAUAUUGAGAUCAAACGAAACAAUGAUAGUGAGAUUGAAAAAAUAACAGUUCUAAUUGACAAUAAUGACAUCUCUAUUUUUGGUGACACCAUUUUAGUUAAUGGAGAAAGUGUACAGAUACCAUAUAACAAUAAGUUGAUUCACAUAAAAAAAUAUGGGGAACAUAAUGUUCUCAAUAGCCGUAGAGGAAUCCUGACUUUAAUGUGGGACAAAAAUAACAAAGUCUCACUCACUCUUCACAAGCAGUAUCCAACCUGUGGUCUUUGUGGUAACUUCAACAGCACUCCAGGGCAAGAUAUCAAUGAGCACAUUGCCAAUAGUAAAAUUCCUGGUGAUUGUCCCAGUGCUGUUGGUAAAAGCUAUGAAGUUUGUGAAGACGGAAUGCAGCACUGUAACAAAAUUAUUGGAACCUACUUUGAGAAAUGUAGAAAGGUUGCUGCUCUAUCCGGUGACUACAAAAUGAUCUGCAUUGAUGAAUACUGCCAAACUAGAGACAAAACAUCUACAUGUGACACUUACUCAGAACUGUCCCGCCUCUGUGCCUCUGAUGGUCCUGGCACCUUUGAAUCCUGGCGAAGCGAUUCCGAUGUGGUUUGUGAAACACAUAGAUGUCCAGAACAACAUAUCUACAAAGAAUGUGGACCCUCCAACCCUGCAACUUGUUCUAAUGUGGCUCCUUUUCAAGACAGUGAAUGUGUGAGCGGCUGCACCUGCCCAGAAGGUUAUCUGUUGGAUGAUAUUGGAGAGAAAGGAAAAUGUGUAUUAAAAGCUGAAUGUCCCUGUGAAUCCAGUGGAAAAGUGUAUCAGCCAGGAGAAGUCCGAGAGGGUCCUUGUGGUUCUCAGUGCACAUGCCAAGAUGCAAAGUGGUCUUGCACUGAAGCAUUAUGCCCUGGAAGAUGUAAGGUGGAAGGAAGUUCCCUUACCACCUUUGAUGGUGUUAAGUACAACUUUCCUGGAAACUGCCACUUCCUGGCCAUUCACAAUGAAGAUUGGUCUAUUAGUGUUGAGCUCCGUCCAUGCCCAAGUGGUCAGACAGGAACGUGCUUAAAUAGCGUUACACUUCUCUUGAAUUCUUCUGUUCCAGUUGACAAAUACAUAUUCAACAGUGAUGGAACAGUCACAAAUGACAAGAUUAGAAAUCAAGGUUAUUAUUAUUCAGAUAAAAUACAGAUCUUCAAUGCAUCUUCCUCAUACCUUCAAGUAGAAACAUACUUUCACGUAAAACUACAAAUACAAAUUGUUCCUGUGAUGCAAUUAUAUGUUUCUAUGCCACCCAACCAAUUCACAAACACUGUGGGACUCUGUGGUUCCUACAACAACAGAGCAGAGGAUGAUUUCAUGUCAAGUCAGAAUAUAUUGGAGAAGACAUCUCAGGCAUUUGCUAACUCUUGGGAAAUGAUGUCCUGUCCUAAAGGAAACCCCCCUUCAUGUAUUAGUAUAGAAAAAGAAAAGUUUGCUGAAAGGCACUGUGGAAUUCUUCUUGAUUCAAGUGGGCCUUUUGCUUCCUGCCACCCAAUUGUGAACCCUAAACCCUAUCAUGAGGAAUGCAAAAAAUAUACUUGCACUUGUGAAAACAGUCAGGACUGCCUAUGUACAAUUUUAGGCAACUAUGUGAAAGCGUGUGCUGAGAAGGAAACAUACAUAGCGGGAUGGAGAACUGGCCUGUGUGAACAUUCUUGUCCAAGUGGCCUAGUUUUCAAGUACAAUGUAAAAGCCUGUAAUAGUUCUUGCCGAUCCUUGUCAGAAAGAGAUAGGAGCUGUGAUGUAGAAGAUGUUCCAGUUGAUGGAUGCACCUGCCCUGAUGAAAUGUACCAGAAUAACGAAGGAAACUGUGUACUGAAAUCUCAGUGUGACUGCUACAUAAAUGACGAGGUCAUGCAACCAGGCAAACUCAUCCAUAUUGAUGACAAUAAAUGCGUCUGUCGGGAUGGAAUUCUUCUUUGCCAAAUUCCCAUUGAUUUAACCCUACAAAAUUGUUCUGGAGGGGCUGAGUAUGUAGACUGCAGUGAUCCCAAGGCACAGAGAAGAACCGACAGAACAUGCAGUACUCGGAACAUACCUGUUUUUGAUGAGAACUUGCCUUGCAAACGUGGGUGCUUUUGUCCAGAAGGAAUGGUUCGAAAUUCUAAAGGGAUAUGUGUCUUUCCUGAUGACUGUCCAUGCUCUUUUGGUGGACGAGAAUAUGAUGAAGGAAGUGUCACUUCUGUUGGCUGCAAUGAAUGUACCUGCAUUAAAGGGUCUUGGAGUUGUACCCAAAAUGAAUGUCAAACCAUCUGCCACAUCUACGGGGAAGGUCAUGUUAGAACUUUUGAUGGGAAGAGUUACAGUUUUGACGGUCUCUGCCAGUAUUCAUUUCUUGAGGAUUAUUGUGGUCAUGAAAAUGGCACAUUUCGUAUUUUAACGGAGAGCGUUCCAUGCUGUGAAGAUGGGCUAACAUGCUCAAGAAAAAUUAUAGUUUCUUUUCAGGAUCAGAAUGUUGUCUUGCAAGACGGUAAAGUAACAGCAGUCAAAUCUACAGAAAGUAAGAAAUGUGAACUCAAUGCAAAUGCAUACUCCAUACAUACUGUUGGCCUGUACUUAAUUCUGAAAUUUCAAAAUGGAAUAAUAGUGAUUUGGGACAAAAAUACAAGACUGUCUGUUAUUCUGGAUCCAAACUGGAAUGGCAGAGUGUGUGGUCUUUGUGGAAAUAACAAUGGUGAUCUCAAGGACGAUUUCACAACAAGAUACUCUUCAGUAGCUUCUGGAGCACUGGAAUUUGGGAAUAGUUGGAAAACAAGCCAAGAAUGUGCAGAUACAGUGGCUCAGACUUUCCCAUGUGAUUCAAACCCAUACUGUAAAGCCUGGGCUGUGCGGAAAUGUGAGAUCCUCAGAGACAGCACCUUCAGAGAUUGCCACAACAAGGUUGACCCCAGUGCUUACUAUGAUGCGUGCGUCGAGGAAGCCUGUGCAUGUGACAUGGAGGGGAAGUACCUGGGAUUCUGCACUGCCGUGGCUAUGUACGCAGAGGCGUGUAGUGCAGUUGGAGUCUGUGUCUCAUGGAGAAAACCAAAUCUGUGUCCUGUCUACUGUGAUUACUACAAUGCGCCUGGGGAAUGCAGAUGGCAUUAUGAACCUUGUGGCACAGUGACUGCAAAGACAUGCAAAGAUCAGCUCAUUGGCCAGAAAUUUUCUUCACUUUUAGAAGGUUGUUAUGCUAAGUGCCCAGAUAGUGCUCCUUACCUGGAUGAGAACACCAUGAAAUGUGUCAGUUUAUCUGAGUGCAGCUGUUUCUAUAAUGAUGUCAUACCAGCAGGGGGAGUGAUUGAAGAUAAUUGUGGAAGAACAUGCUACUGUAUUGCAGGGCAGUUGGAGUGCAGUGAAACUGCUCCUACCAAUUCAACAUUUGCAGUUUCCACUACAGCAGCUACCGCCAUAUUAAGCACCGGAGCAGCAAUUACACUGGUUACCAGUAGCCCAGGCUCAGCAGCAUCCAUUCCAGCGAUUACAACAUCAAGCAGUGAAACAACAGGAGCAACUCUAGGUCCCCUCACUGAACCUUUUACUACAGGCAUUACUGAAACUUCAGUUCCCAUCAUCUCAACAUCUGGAAAUGCAGGCACGACAGGAGUAGUGAGCCCCACCAUCACUGGUGCUGCAGGCAUGGCAGGAACAACUGGAGGAGUGGAUGCAGCCACCACUGGAGCUGCUGGUGAAAAUACAUCUGAGAGAGCAGGCACACCGGGGGUAUCUGGAGCAACCCCUGCAGUUGGAGUUGGCAGUACCCCGGGAGAAGCAGGCCCUGGAGCCACAGUUUCUGGAAGUACAGGAGUUUCUGCAGGCUCCACCACUGCCAGCCCUGGAGCCUCAGCCACAACCUCUGAAAGCAGCAAAUCAGGAACUACUGGACCCUCAGUGGGUGGAAAAACUGGAGCCACAAGCAGUGAAGCGACAUCAUCUGAAGUCAUGUCAGGUGUAACAGGACAGUCUCUUGGAUCUACUGCUGCAUCUGACAGUGAAAUCACAGCUAAAACAUCUUUCACUGGUUCCAGUCCACCUGGGAAACUCACCAGGCCAAGCCCGGGCUCACCUGGUCACUUUAGUGGUGGAACAACUGAAGGGGGAAGUGUAGCCACCACUGGAGCUGGUGGCGAAAACACUUCUGGAGCAUCGGGUUCAACAGAAGGGUCUGUGGAAGCCACCACCAGCGCAGGCAGUGGAAACACAGCUGGAACAUCAGGUACUGGGGCCACUGGCCCUGGAAACACAGCAGUCUCAGGCACACCUUUGGUACCACCUGGUACAACUCCUGGAGCUCCAGGUAGCAGCACCCCUGAGGAAGCAGGCACUGGAACCACCAGUUUUGGAAAAUCAGGGUCCCUGACAGUAUCUGCUGCCUCAACUACCAGUAGCCCUGUGAGUAAACACACCGAUGCAGCCUCAGCCACAGCAGUGACAAUCUCUGGAAGCAAACCAGGUACACCUGGAACACCAGGUGGUGCAACUAGUGGAGGCAAAAUUACAUCUGGAUGGUCCAGCAGUGGUGCCAGCACAGGCUCUUCAAAUACACCAGCUGAGAUUAGCAAAGCACUAAAAGGGGCAACUGGAUCAUCAACCGGAGAGAGUGAGACAAGUGGACCAUCCGCUAAAGUAACAGGGAAUUAUGGACAAUCAUCUGAAACACCAGGGACAACUAAAUCAUCAUCUGAUGUUUCAGGGACAAUGGGGCAAUCAGAUACAACAUCUGGACCAUCAGUUGCAGUGACAAGGACUUCUGAACAGUUGUCAGGAGUCACAGGGGCAUCUGAACCAUCAGUUGGAGUAUCAGGGACAACUGGACCAUUAGCUGAGAUGUCAGGGACAACCAGAUCAUUAGUUUCAGGAUUAAGGACAACUGGAUCAUUAGCUGAAGGAUCAGGGGCAACUGGACCUUCAUCAAGAGAAUCAGUGACAACUAGACCAUUAGCUGAAGGUUCAGGGACAAGUGGACAAUCAGUUAUAGGAUCAAGAACAACUGGAUUAUCAGCUACAGAAUUAGGGACAACUGUGUCUUUUACUGGAGGAUUAGGUACAAGUAGAUCAUCUGCUAGAGAAACACAGACAACUGGACCAUCAGCUGAUGGGUCAGGAACAACUGGACCAUCUGUUGUGAGAUCAGGGACAACUAGAUUAUCAGUUGGAGUGACAAGAGCAACUGAAUCAUCACCUGGAGUGACAGGAAAAACUACACCAUCAGCUGAAGAAUCCAGAACAACUGGACCAUCUGUUCUAGUGACAGGAACAACUGGACAAUCAGGCCAAGGAUCAGGGACAACUGGAAAAUCUUUUAUAGAAUCAGGACCAUCUGUUGUAGGAUCAGGGACAACUGGACCAACAUCUGCAGGAUUAGGAACAACUGCACCGUCAACCAGAAGAUCAGGCACAACAAGACCAUCAGUUGGAAGAACUGGGACAACUGGACAAUCAGGUGCAGAAUCAGGAACAACUGAAUCAUCAGCUAGAGUGACAGAUGUAACUGGAACAUCAGCUGAAGUAUCAGGAAGAAUUGAAUCAUCAGCUACAAGUAGACCACUAGGUGAAACAACAGGGACAACUAUACCAUCAACGGAAGGAUCAGAGGCAACUGGACCAUCUGUCAUUGGAUCAGAAACAACUAGACUAUCAGUUAUAGGAUCAGGGACAACCGGAACUUCAUCUGGAGGUUCAGGUGCAACAAGAUCAUCAGGUGGAGGAAUGGGGACAACUGGACAAUCAACUGCAAGAUCAGAAACAACUGGACCAAUUUUUGGAUUGACAGGAACAUUUGGGCAAUCUGCUACAGUGACUGGGACAUCUUCAAAUUCAGCUGGAGUGACAACAUCUGAAAAAUCACCUGGAGUGGCAAUGACAACAGGACUAUUGGUUGACAGAUCAGCUACAACACAACCACCUAUUUUAGAAUCAGAAACAACUGAAUCAUCAGCUGGAGCGACAGUGACAUCUGGACAAUCAGCCAGAGUGACUGGGGCAACUGGACCAUCAGCUGAAGAGACAGGAACAACUGGACCAUCAAUUGAAGGAUCAGUUGCAACUGUACCAUUUGUUAUUGGAUCAGAAACAACUAGACCAUUAGAUAUAGGAUCAGGGACAACUGGAACUUUAUCUGGAGGUUCAAGUACAACAAGAUCAUCAGAUGGAACAACGGGGACAACCAGAAAAUCAACUGCAAGAUCAGAAACAACUGGACCACUUUCUGGAUUGACACGAACAUCUGGGCAAUUGGCUGGAGUGACUGGGACAUCUUCAAAAUCAGCUGGAGUAACAGUGACAUCUGAAAAAUCAGCUGGAGUUGCAGUGACAACAAGAUCAUUUCUUGAAAGAUCAGUCACAACUGGACCACCUCUUUUAGAGUCAGAGGCAACUAGACCAUCAGGUGGAGUAACAGUGACAUCUGGACAAUCAGCCAGAGUGACUGAAACAGUUGGAGCAUCAGCUGGAGUGAUAGGAACAACUGGACCAUCAACUGAAGGAUCAGGGGCAACUGGACCAUCUGUUGUGGGAUCAGGAACAACUAGACCAUUAGCUGGUGAAUCAGGUACAACUGAGUCAUCAGCUGGAGUGACAGGGACAAGGCCAUCAUCAUCAAGAGAAUCAGCAACAACUGGACCAUCAGAUGAAGGAUCAGUAACAACUAGACUAUCAGCUGGAGUGACAGUGACAUCUGGACAAUCAGUUGGAAAGACUGGGACAACUAGAGCACCAGCUGGAGUCACAGAAACAACGAGACCAUCUGUUGUCAAAUCAGGGACAAUGGGACCAUCUGUUGUAGGAACAAGGACAAGUGGAACUUCAUCUGGAGGAUCAGGUGCAACAAGAUCAUCAGGUGGAGAAACAGAGACAACUGGCCAAUCAGCUGUAAAAUCAGGGACAACAGAAUCAUUUACUGGGUUGACAAGAACAUCUGGGCAAUCAGCUGGAAUGACUGGGACAUCUGCACAAUCAACUGGAGUGGCACUAACAACAGGUCCUUUUGUUGAAGGAUUAGUGACAACUGGAUCAUCUACUGUAGGAUUAGAGACAACUAGACCUUCAGCUGUAGGAUCAGGAACAACUGGACCUCCUGUUGUAAAAGUGCAGACAACUGGACCAUCAGCUGGAGUGACAGUGACAUCUGGACAAUCAGCUAGAAUGACUGGGGCAACUGGACCAUCAGUAGGAGUGACAGGAACAACUGGACCAACAAGUAAAGGAUUAGGGACAAUUAGACCAUCUGUUGUAGGAUUAGAGACUACUGAACCAUCAGCUGAAGGAUCAGGGACAACUGGACCACCUAUUGUAGGAGAGACAACUGUACCAUCAGCUGGAGUGACAGUUACACCUGGAUACUCAGAUAGAGUGACUGGGGCAACUGAAUCAUUGGCUGGAGUAACAGGAACGACUAAACCAUCUGUUGUAGGAUCAGUGACAACUGGACCAUCUGUUACAGAAGUAGAGACAACUGCAAAAACUUCAUCUGGAGGAUUAAGUACAACUAUAUCAUCAGUUGGAGGAACAGGGACCACUGGACAAUCACCUGAAAGAUCAGGGACAACAGGACCAUUUACUAGAUUGACAGGGACAUCUGCACAAUCAGCUGGAGUGACAAUGACAUCUGUCCAAUCAGCUGGAGUGGUAGUAACAACAGGACUAAAUGUUGAUGGCUUAGGGACAACAGGAAAGGCUCUUGUAGGAUCAGGAACAACUGGAUUAUCAGCUGAAGCUACAGGGACAAUUGGACCAUCAAAUGGAGGAUUAGAGAAAACUGGACCAUCUAUUACUGGAUCAGGAACAACCAGACCAUUAGUUACAGAAUCAUGGACAGCUGGAACUUCAUCUGAAGGACAGAGUACAACAAGUCCAUCAGUUAGAGGAACAGAGACAACUGGACAAUCAGCUGCAGGAUCAGUGACAACAGGGCCAGUUACGGGAUACACAGAAAUCUCUGGUCCAUCAGCUGGAGUGACAGUGACACCUAGACAAUCACCUACAGUGACUCGGACAACUGGAUCAUCAGCUGCAAUAUCAGGGACAACUGUACAAUCUCUUACAGUAUCAGGGACCACUAGACCAUCAUCUGGACAAACAGAAAUAACUGGAUCAUCAGUUGAAGAAUCAGGGACAACUGAAUCAUCAGCUGUAAGGUCAGGGACUACUGGGCCAACAGCUGGAGUGACAGGUACAAAUGGACCAUCAUCAGCUGGAGUGACAGGGAUAACUGGAUCAUCACCUGGAGUGACAGGGACAACUGGAUCAUCUGCAAGAUCAGGGACAAGUAUACCAUCAGUUGGAAAAACAGGAACAACUAGAACAUCAGUUGAAGAAUCAAGUAAAACUGGACCAUCAGCUGGAAUAACAGGUAUACAUGGACUAUCAGCUGAAGUGACAGGGACAACUGGACCAUCAGCUGGAGUGACAGGGACAACUGGACUAUCAGCUGGAGGGACAGGGACAACUGGACUGUCAGCUGGGGUGACAGGGACAGCUGGACUGUCAGCUGGAGAGACAGGGACAACUGGACUAUCACCUGGAGUGGCAGGGACAACAAGAUCAUCAGCUGGGGUAACAGAGAGAACAGGACUAUCAGCUGGGGCGACAGGGGCAACUGGACUGUCAGCUGAAGUGACAGGGACAACUAGACUAUCAGCUGGAGUAACAGGUACAACUGGACCACCAGCUGGGGUGACAAGGACAACUGAAUUAUCAGCUGGGGUGACAGGGAAAACUAGAUCAUCAGCUGGAGUGACGGGGACAACAGGACUAUCAUCUGAAGUGACAGAAACAACUGGAUUAUCAUAUGGGGUGAUAGGGACAACUGGACUAUCAGCUGGGGUGACAGGGACAACUGAACUGUCAGCUGGGGUGACAGGGGCAACUGGACUGUCAGCUGGGGUGACAGGGACAGCUGGACUGUCAGCUGGAGAGACAGGGACAACUGGACUAUCACCUGGAGUGACACGGACAACAAGAUCAUCAGCCGGGGUAACAGGGAAAACAGGACUAUCAGCUGGGGUGAAAGGGACAACUGGACUGUCAGCUGAAGUGACAGGGAAAACUGGACAAUCUAGUGGAGUGACAGGGACAACUAGAUCAUCAGGUGGAGUGACAGGGAUAACUGGACUAUCAGCUGGAGUGACAGCGAUAGCUGGAUUCUCAGCUGGGGUGACAGGGAUAACUAGACCAUCAGCUGGAGUGACAGGGACAACUACAGUAUCAGCUGGAGUAACAGGGGCAACUGGACUAUCAGCUGAAGCAACAGGUAUAACUGGACUAUCAGCUAGGGUGACAGGGACAACUGGACUAUCUGCUGGGGUGACAGAGACAAUUGGACUAUCAGUUGAAGUGACAGGGAGAACUGGACCAUCAGCUGGGGUGACAGGGACAACUGGAUCAUCAACUGGAGUGACAAGGAUAACUGGAUUAUCGGCUGGAGUGACAGGGACAAGGGGACUGUCAACUGAAGUGACAGGAACAACUGGACCAUCAGCUGCGGUGACAGGGACUACUGGACUAUCAGCUGGAGUGACUGGGAUAACUGGGCUAUCAGCUGUAGUGACAGAGACAGCUGGAUCAUCUGCAAGAUCAGGGACAAGUAUCCCAUCAGUUGGAGAAACAGGAACAACUAGAACAUCAGUUGAAGAAUCAAGGACAACUAGAACAUCAGCUGGAAUAACAGGUACAAAUGGACUAUCAGCUGAAGUGACAGGGACAACUCGACCAUUAGCUGGAGGGACAGGGACAACUGGACUAUCAGCUGGGGUGACAGGAACAAUUGGAUCAUCAGCUGUGGUGACAGGGAUAAAUGGACUAUCAAUUGGAGUGACAGAGACAACUGGCCCAUCAGAUGAAGAGACAGGGGCAACUGGACCGUCAGCAGAAGUGACAGGGAAAACUGGACCAUCAGCUGAAGUGACAGGGACAAGUAGACUAUCAGCUGAAGUGACAGGGACAACUGGCCCAUCAGCUGAAGUGACAGGGCUACCUGGAGUAUCAGCCAGGGUGACAGGGACAAUUGGAUCACCAGCUGGAGUGACAAGGACAACUUGGCCAUCAGCUGAGGUGACAGGGAUAGCUGGACUCUCAGCUGGGGUGACAGGGACAACUGUACUAUCAGCUGAGAUGACAGGGACAACUGGACUAUCAGCUGAAGUGACAGGGACAACUGGACCAUCAGCUGGGGUGACAGGGACAACUGGAUCAUCAACUGGGGUGACAGGGAUAACUGGAUUAUCAGCUGGAGUGACAGAGACAACUGGACUGUCAACUGAAGUGACAGGGACAACUGGACCAUCAGCUGGGGUGACAGGGACAACUGGAUCAUCAACUGGGGUGACAAGGAUAACUGGACUAUCAGCUGGAGUGACAGGAACAACUGGACUGUCAACUGAAGUGACUGGGACAACUGGACUAUCAGCUGGAGUGACUGGGAUAAUUGGGCUAUCAGCUGUAGUGACAGAGAAAACUGGAUCGUCUGCAAGAUCAGGGACAAGCAUAACAUCAGUUGGAGAAACAGGAACAACUAGAACAUCAGUUGAAGAAUCAAGGACAACUAGACCAUCAGCUGGAAUAACAGGUACAAAUGGACUAUCAGCUGAAGUGACAGGGACAACUGGACCAUCAGCUGGAGUGACAGGGACAACUGGACUAUCAGCUGAGGUGACAGGGAAAACUGGACUAUCAGCUGGGGUGACAGGGACAAUUGGAUCAUCAGCUGUGGUGACAGGGACAACUGGACUAUCAGCUGCAGUGACAGGGACAAGUGGACCAUCAGCUGGAAUAACAGGUACAAAUGGACUAUCAGCCGAAGUGACAGGGACAACUGGACCAUUAGCUGGAGUGACAGGGACAACUGGACUAUCAGCUGGGGUGACAGGGACAACUGGACUAUCAGCUAGGGUGACAGAGAGUACUGGACUAUCAGUUGAGGUGACAGGGACAAUUGGAUCAUCAGCUGUGGUGACAGGGAUAAAUGGACUAUCAGCUGUGGUGACAGGGACAACUGGACCAUCAGCUGAAGAGACAGGGGCAACUGGACCAUCAGCUGAAGUGACAGGGACAACUGGACCAUCAGCUGGAGUGACAGGGACAAGUGGACUAUCAGCUGAAGUGACAGGGACAACUGGCCCAUCAGCUGAAGUGACAGGGCUACCUGUAGUAACAGUUGGGGUGACAGGGACAAUUGGAUUAUCAGCUGUGGUGACAGGGACAAAUGGACUAUCAGCUGGAGUGACAGGGACAAGUGGACCAUCAGCUGGAAUAACAGGUACAACUGGACGUCAGCAGAAGUGACAGGGACAAUGGACUAUCAGCUGAGUGACAGAGACAAGUGGACUAUCAGCUGUGACAGGGACAACUGGCCCAUCAGCUGAAGUGACAGGGCUACCUGUAGUAACAGCUGGGGUGACAGGGACAAUUGGAUCACCAGCUGGAGUGACAGGGAUAACUCGGCCAUCAGCUGUGGUGACAGGGAUAACUGGACUAUCAGCUGAGGUGACAGGGACAACUGGACUAUCAGCUAGGGUGACAGGGAUAGCUGGACUCUCAGCUGGGGUGACAGAGACAAUUGGACUAUCAGCUGGGGUGACAGGGACAAUUGGAUCAUCAGCUGGGGUGACAGGUACAAAUGGACUAUCAGCUGGAGUGACAGGGACAACUGGACCAUCAGCUGGAGUGACAGGGACAACCGGACUAUCAGUUGGGGUGACAGGGACAACUGGACUAUCAGUUGGGGUGACAGGGACAACUGGACUAUCAGCUGCAGUGACAGGGACAAGUGAACCAUCAGCUGGAAUAACAGGUACAAAUGGACUAUCAGCUGAAGUGACAGGGACAACUGGACCAUUAGCUGGAGUGACAGGGACAACUGGACUAUCAGCUGGGGUGACAGGGACAACUGGACUAUCAGCUGGAGGGACAGGGACAACUGGAACAUCAACUGGAGGGACAGGGACAACUGGACUAUCAGCUGGGGUGACAGGGACAACUGGACUAUCAGUUGGGGUGACAGGGACAACUGGACUAUCAGCUGCAGUGACAGGGACAAGUGAACCAUCAGGAAUAACAGGACAAAUGGACAUCAGCUGAGUGACAGGACUGACAACUGGACUAUCAGCUGGGGUGACAGGGACAACUGGACUGUCAGCUGGAGGGACAGGGACAACUGGACCAUCAACUGGAGGGACAGGGACAACUGGACUAUCAGCUGGGGUGACAGAGAGUACUGGACUAUCAGCUGAGGUGACAGGGGCAAUUGGAUCAUCAGCUGUGGUGACAGAGACAACUAGACUAUCAGCUGGAGUGAUAGCAAUUGGACCAUCAGCUGAAGAGACAGGGGCAACUGGACUAUCAGCAGAAGUGACAGGGACAACUGGACCAUUAGCUGGAGUGACAGGGACAACUGGUCCAUCAGCUGGAGUGACAGGGAUAACUGAACUCUCAGCAGAAGUGACAGGGACAACUGAACUAUCAGCUGAGGUGACAGAGAAAACUGGACCAUCAGCAGAAGUGACAGGGAAAACUGGGCUAUCAGCUGGAGUGAUGGAGACAACUAGACCAUCAGCUGAAGUGACAGGGACAACUGGAUCAUCAGCUGGGGUGACAGGGACAACUGGACUAUCAGCUGGAGUGACAGAGACAAGUGGACUAUCAGCUGGGGUGACAGGCACAACUGGCCCAUCAGCUGAAGCGACAGGGCUACCUGGAGUAUCAGCUGGGGUGACAGGGACAAUUGGCUCACCAGCUGGAGUGACAGGGACAACUCAGCUAUCACCUGUGGUGACAGGGAUAACUGGACUAUCAGCUGAGGUGACAGGGACAACUGGACUAUCAGCUGGGGUGACAGGGAUAACUAGACCAUCAGCGGGAGUGACAGGGACAACUGCAGUAUCAGCUGAAGCAACAGGGAUAACUGGACUAUCAGCUGGCGUGAGGACAACUGGACUAUCUGCUGGGGUGACAGAGACAAUUGGACUAUCAGCUGGGGUGACAGGGACAAUUGGAUCAUCAGCUGGGGUGACAGAGAUAACUGGACUACCAGCUGGAGUGACAGGGACAACUGGACCGUCAGCUGGCAUGACAGGGUCAACUGUACUAUCAGCUGGGGUGACAGUGACAACUGGACAAUCUGUUGGAGUGACAGGGACAACUGGAUCAUCAACUGGAGUGACAGGGACCACUGGACUAUCAGCUGGGGUGACAGGGAUAACUGGACUAUCAGCUGGAGUGACGGGGACAACUGGACCGUCAGGUGCUGUGACUGGGUCAGCUGGAAUAUCAGCUGGGGUGACAGGGACAACUGGACAGUCAGCUGAAGUGACAGGGGCAACUGGACAAUCUGUUGGAGUGACAGGGACAACUAGAUCAUCAGGUGGAGUGACAGGGAUAACUGGACUAUCAGCUGGAGUGAGAGGGACAACUGUUUCAUCUGCAAGAUCAGGGACAAGUAUACCAUUAAUUGGAAAAACAGGAACAACUAGAACAUCAGUUGAAGAAUCAUCAACAACUGGACCAUCAGCUGGAAUAACAGGUACAAAUGGACUAUCAGCUGAAGUGACAGGGACAAAUGAACUAUCAGCUGGGGUGACAGGGACAAUUGGAUCAUUAGCUGGAGUGACAGGGACAACUGGACUGUCAGUUGAAGCAACAGGGACAACUGGACUAUCAGCUGGAGUGACAGGGACAACUGUCCCAUUAGCUGGGGUAACAGGGACAACUGGACCAUCAGCUGGAGUGACAGGAAUAGCUGCACUGUCAGCUGGAGUGACAGGGAAAAGUGGACUAUCAACUGGAGUGACAGGGAAAACAGGACUAUCAGCUGGAGUGACAGGGACAACUGGACCUUCAGCUGAAGCAACAGGGAAAACUGGACUAUCAGCUGGAGUGACAGGGAUCACUGAACCAUUUACUGAAGUGACAGGGACAACUGGAUUAUCAGCUGGGGUGACAGGGACCACUGGACCAUCAGCUGAAGUGACAGGGACAACUGGACUAUCAGCUGGGGUGACAGGGAAAACUAGAUCAUCAGCCGGGGUAACAGGGACAACUGGAUUAUCUGCAAAAUCUGGGACAAGUAUACCAUCAGCUGGAAAAACAGGAACAACCAAAAAAUCCGUUGAAGAAUCAAGGACAACUAGACCAUCAGCUGGAAUAACAGCUACAACUGGAGUGCCUGCUGCAACUUCCCCAGGAGCUGAAGGUGAAAGCAUAGCUUCCACGUCAGUUGCCACAGGAGCCAUCCCUGGGUCAACAAUUGCACCAGGAAGUGCCACUACUGGUACCACUGGGGUAACCACUGGCACAACUCUUGCCCCUAGAAGUUUCAACAUAGGAACUUCUGGUGGAAUUUCUAGGAAAACCCUCAAACCUGGAAGUUAUGUCUCAAAGGCUACAAUGGCUACAGGGACUCCUGGAGCAGGACUGUCAGGAGGUACCACAAUCAUUUCUCCUGAAGUCAGUACCAGUUCAGAAGUUUCCAACACAGGUAUCACUGGAGUAGGCUCUGAGACAUCUGUUGAAACAGGAAUUUCCAACACAGCUACGACUGUGGUGGCUCCUGGCACAACCCUUGCCCCUGGCAGUUCCAGUACAGAGGCCACAACUUCCAUAGGAGGAAGUGCAUCAACAAGAGGUGGAAUAGCCACAGAAGCCACAGGCUCCACAAGAGGGGUCGGGACCACUGGAUCAGAAGCUCCAGGAGGUACUUCUGGAGAAUUCUCUGGGACAACCAUUUCAUCUGGAGGUUUCCACACAGAAGCCACAACUCUCAUAGGAGGUAGGGGCAGUAUUGGAACUGAAUCCAGAGCAGAUUCCACAACUUCCCUACAAGAAAGUGCAAAAACAAGAGGUGGAAUAGUGACAGAGGCCACAAGUUCCACAGGAGGGAUCAGGGCCACCAGAUCAGAAGCUCCAGGAGGUACCUCUGGUAAAUUCUCUGGGACAACCGUUUCAUCUGGAGGUUCCCACACAGAGGCCACAACUCUCGCAAGUGGCAGGGGCAGCACUGAAAGUGAAUUCAGAACAGCCACCACCGGAGUAGUUCCUGCUACAACUGUUGCCCCUGGCAGUUCCAAGACAGAGGCCACCACUUUCCUAGGAGUAAGUGGAACAAGUGUUGGAAGAGCCACGGGGGCCACAACUUCCAUAGUAGGGAGUGACACCAGCCAAGCAGAACACCCAGGAGGUACUUCUGGUGAAUUCCCAGGAACAACCAUUACAUCUGGAGAUUCCCACACAGAGGCCACAGCUCUAACAGGAAGCAGGGGCAGUAUUGGAACUGAAUCCACAGUAGAGACCACAACAUACAUUGGAGAAAGUGGGACAACAAGAGGUGGAUUAGCCACAGCUACCACUGGGGCAUUCUCUGGAAAGACCCUGGAACCUGGGAAUGACAACACAGAGGCCACAGGUUCCACAGGAGGGAUCAGGGCCACCAGAACAGAAGCUCCAGGAGGUACCUAUGGUGAGUUCCCAGGGACAACAUUUACCUCUGGAGGUUCCCACACAGAGGCCACAACUUUCACAGGAGGCAGGGGCAGUACAGGGACUGAAUCCAGAGCAGCCACCACUAGGGCAGCUCCUGGCACAACUCUUGUCCCUGGCAGUUCCAAUACAGGGGCCACAGCUUCCCUAGGUGGAAGUGCAAUGACAAGAGGUAGAAUAACCACCGCCACCACUGGGGCAUUCUCUGGAAAGACUCUGGAACCUGAGAAUGACAACACAGAGGCCACAAGUUCCACCAGAGGGGUCAGGACCACCCGAUCAGAAGCUCCAGGAGGUACUUCUGGUGAAUUCCCUGGGACAAGAAUUACAUCUGGAGGUUCCCACACAGCCACCACUAGGGCAGCUCCUGGCACAACUCUUGCCCCUGGCAGUUCCAACACGGGGGCCACAGCUUCCGUAGGUGGAAGUGCAAUGACAAGAGGUAGAAUAACCACUGCCACCACUGGGGCAUUCUCUGGAAAGACUCUGGAACCUGGGAACGACAACACAGAGGCCCCAAGUUCCACCAGAGGGGUCAGGACCACCCGAUCAGAAGCUCCAGGAGAGGCCACAACUCUCACAGCAGACAGGAGCACUACCAGAAGUGAAUCCAGAACAGCCACCACCAGAGUAGUUCCUGCUACAACUGUUGCCCCUGGCAGUUCCAAGACAGAGGCCACCACUUUCCUAGGAGAAAGUGGAACAACAAGUGUUGGAAGAGCCACGGGUGCCACAACUUCCAUAGUAGGGAGUGACACCAGCCAAGCAGAACGUCCAGGAGGUACAACUGUGGUUUCACCUGGAGUCAGCAGCAGUUCACAGAGCUCCAGGCCAGGCUCCUCUGUCACACAAGAGAGCUCAGGAUCUGAAAGUGAAACAGUUACUACAAAAGAAUUCUCUGGGACAACCACUAUAUCUAGAACUUCCCACACCGGCACCCCUGCAGCCUCAGGAGGCCAAGAAACUGGGAGCCUGACAGCCACCUCCGUGGUAGCUCCUGGCACAACUGUUGCACCUGGCAGUUCCGACACAGAGGCCACAACUUCUGUAGGAGAAAGAGAAACAACAAAAGCUGAAAUAAUCACAGGUACCACUGGAGAAUUAUCUGGAACAACGAUUAUAUCUGAAAGUUCCACCACAGUUAGCAUCACUGCAGCAAUAGGGAAGCAAGCAGGCACCUCGGAGGUAGCUCCUUCCACAACAGUUGCCCCUGGAAGUUUCAGUACAGCAGUGACAGCUUCUCCUGGAGCAACUGGAAUUACUGGGGUUACAACAACUACAAAGAUCACAACUUCCCUAGGAAGAAGUGGCAUCACUGGAGCAGAAAUAAAAUCAGCCACCACUGGAGCACCAGGAAGUAGGACAGGCACAGCUGGAGUGCCCUCUGCUACAACAGUCUCCUCUGGGACCUCCAACUCAGAGGCCACAACUUCUGUAGGAGAAAGUGGAAAAACAGGAGCUGAAACAAUCACAGAGGCCACCACUUCCACAGAAGGGACUGGUACUUCUGGAACUGGAUUCACAACUGGCACCUCAGAGGUAGCACCUGCCACAACAGUUGCCCCAGGAAGUUUCAGCACAGCAGCCACAACUUCUCCUGGAGCAACUGGAAUAACUGGGGUUACAACAACUACAAAGACCACAACUUCCCUAGGAGGAAGUGGCACCACUGGAGCAGAAAUAAAAUUAGGAACCACCACUACAGCACCAGAAAGUAGGACAGCUGGAGUGCCCUCUGGUACAAGAGUCACCCCUGGGAGCUCCAACUCAGAGGCCACAACUUCCAUAGAAGAAAGCGGAAUAACAAGAGCUGAAGUAAUCACAGAGGCCACAACUUUCUCAGGAGGCAGCGGGGCCACCCGAGCAGGAUUACCCAGAGGUACCACUGGAGAAUUUUCUGGAACGACCAUUAUAUCUGGAAGUUCUAACACAGAGGCCACCACUUCCACAGAAGGGACAGGUACUUCUGGAACUGGAUUCAAAAUUGGUAUCACUUCCGCCCCAGGGAAACAAGCAGGCACCUCUGGGGUAUCUCUUGCCACAACAGUUGCCCCUGGAAGUUUCAGCACAGCCACAACUUCUUCUGGAGCAAGUGGAAUAACUGGGGCUGGCCGCACCUCAGAGACUACAACUUCUCUAGGAGGAAGUGGUACCACUGGAGCAGAAAUAAAAUCAGCUGCAGUGCCCUCUGGUACAACAGUUGCCCCUGGGAGCUCCAACUCAGAAGCCACAACUUCUGUAGGAGAAAAUGGAAAAACAAGAGGUGAAAUAAUCACAGGUACUACUGAGGGCACCUCUGGCAAAGUUCUGGAACCUGGAAGUGCCCACACAGAGGCCACAACUUUCCCAGGAGGCAGUGGAACUACCCGAGCAGGACCGCCAGGAGGUACCACUGGAGAAUUGUCUAAAACGACCAUUAUACCUGGAAGUUCUAACACAGAGGCCACAACUUCCACAAAAGGGACUGGUACUUCUGGAACUGGCUUUAAAACUGGCACCUCUGGUGUGGCACCUGGCACAACAGUUUCCUCUGGAAGUUUCAGCACAGCCACAAUUUCUCCUGGAGCAAGUAGAAUGACUGGGACUGGACCCACUGCAGAACCCACAACUUCCCUAGGAGGAGGUGGCACCACUGGAGCAGAAAUAAAAUCAGGAGCCACCUCUGGAGCACCAGGAAGUAAGACAUGCACAGCUGGAGUGCCCUCUGCUACAACAGUUGCCCCUGGGAGCUCCAACUCAGAGGCCACGACUUCUUUAGGAGAAAGUGGAAAAACAAGAGCUGAAACAAUCACAGGUACUACUGAGGGUAAAACUCUGGCAGCUGGAAGUGCCCACACAGAGGCCACAACUUUCUCAGGAGGCAGCAGGACCACCCAGGCAGGACCAACGGGAGGCGCUUCUGGCACAUCAGGAGGAUAUGUCCCUGGAAGGGAAACAGAGCCCACAACUUCCAUUGAAGAAACUGGAACUUCCAGAACUAUAUUCAAAACUGUAGGCAUCACUGCAGCCCCAGGGAGGCAAGCAGGCACCUCUGUGGUGGCGCCUAGCACAACAGUUGCCCCUGGAAGUUUCAGCACAGAAGCCACAACUUCUCCUGGAGCAAGUGGAAUGACUGGGGUUAGAACCACUUCAAAGACUACAACUUCCCUAGGUGGAAUUGGCACCACUAGAACUGAAAUAAAAUCCGGAGCCACCACUGGAGCACCAGGAAGUAAGACAGAUGUUAUGAUGGGAGAAUCUUCUAGAAUGACCAUUCUAUCUGGAAGUUCUAACACAGAGGCCACAAAUUCCAUUGAAGAGACUGGUACUUCCGGAACUGGAUUCAAAACCGCAGGCAUCACUGCAGCACCAGGAAAGCAAGCAGGCACCUCUGGGAUGGCACCUGGCACAACAGUUGCCCCUGGAAGUUUCAGCACAGCAGCUACAACUUCUCCUGGAGCAAGUGGAGUGAUUGGCACUGGACCCACUGCAGAGACCACAACUUUCCUAGGAGGAAGUAGCACCACUGGAGCAGAUAUAAAAUCAGGAGCCACCACAGGAGCACCAGGAAAUAAGACAGGCACAGCUAAAGUGCCCUCUGGUACAACAGUUGCCCCUGGGAGCUCCAACUCAGAGGCUACAACUUUCUCUGGAAUCACUGAAGCAGUAACAGUCCCAGGUAAAAAUGGAUCCAUGACCACUGCACUGGGGAGCCAACUCUCCAGCAGUCAAACAGUGAUUCCAGGUUCCAGUGGCACCAUCUCUCACACAACUGUUGCACCUAGAAGUUCUGUUAUAGGAACCACCUCUGGUGCAUCAGAUGAUCAAGUCACUGGAAGUAAAACCAGCACUACUGGUGCGGCCUUGAGCACAACUGUUGCACCUGGAAGUUCCAGUACAGAAGCCACAACUUCCACAGAAGUCCAUAGAACCACUGUAGUGGGAUGGAAGACAGGAGCUACCACUAGAGGGUCAGCAAAGCAAGGAACUGGAAGCACAAUAGAAGCUACGACAUCCUUUAGAGGCACUGGGACCACAGGAAGUGGAAUGAAUACAGGUACUACUGGAGUGGUCUCUGGCAACACCAUCUCACCUAGCAGUUUCAACACAGAAGCUACCAGUGGCACAUCUGAGAGGCCAAACCCUGGAAGUGAAAUAGGCACCACUGGCAUAGUCUCUGGCACAACAGUUGCAGCUGGAAGUUCCAACACAGAAGCCACAACUUCUUUGGGCAAUGGUGGAACCACUGAGGCUGGAAGUAAAAUAGUUACCACUGGGAUAACUACUGGCAUGACCAUUGUACCUGGGAGUUUCAACACAAAGGCUAUGACUUCUACAGAUGUUGGAGUUGCCACUGGAGUUGGAAUGGCAACUGGGAUCACCAACAUAAUUUCAGGGAGAAGCCAAUCUACUGGAAGUAAAACAGGCUACACUGUAACAGGCUCUGGAACAACAGCCUUACCUGGAGGUUUCAGAACAGGCAAUACCCCAGGAUCAACGGGAGUCACCAGCAGCAAAGAAGGUGAGAUGACUAUAAUGGAUGCAGGAAUCACUGGAAUCCCAGAAACUUCCCUCUCAGGUCCUUCCAAGGAAGCAUCUCACGAAACCACUGCUCCUGAACCUCCUACCACAGUCACUGCUUCCACAGGAGUCAAAGAAACUUCUGAAACUGGAGUGCAAACAGCCUCCACCUUGGUUACAGCUGGAGUGCCAACAAGACCACAAGAAUCCCAGCCAGAAACCACUGUCAUGGCAACCAGAGAAGUAGAAACUGAAAAUAAAACAGAAUGUCUAGCCUCACUUCCACCAGCUCCAGUUUGUCACGGUCCACUAGGAGAAGAGAAAUCUCCUGGAGACAUAUGGACUGCCAAUUGCCACAGAUGUACCUGUACUGAUGCAAAGACUAUAGACUGUAAACCUGAGGAGUGCCCUUCUCCACCCACAUGCAAAACCGGCGAGAAGCUUGUGAAGUUCCAAUCUAAUGACACCUGCUGUGAAAUCGGAUACUGUGAACCAAGAACAUGUUUAUUUAACAAUACUGACUAUGAGAUUGGUGCUUCAUUCGAUGACCCCAGCAACCCCUGUGUCUCCUACUCCUGCAAAGACACUGGCUUUGCUGCAGUAGUCCAGGACUGCCCAAAGCAGACCUGGUGUGCAGAAGUAAACAGAAUCUAUGAUUCAAAAAAAUGUUGCUAUACAUGUAAGAAUAAUUGCAGAUCUUCCUUUGUAAAUGUGACUGUUAUCUACAGUGGUUGCAAGAAAAGAGUUCAGAUGGCAAAAUGUACAGGGGAAUGUGAAAAGACUGCCAAGUACAAUUAUGAUAUCUUACUCUUGGAACAUUCAUGCCUUUGCUGCCGAGAAGAAAACUAUGAACUUAGAGACAUUGUACUUGACUGUCCUGAUGGCAGUACAAUCCCUUACCAAUACAGGCAUAUCACGACCUGCUCUUGUUUAGAUAUAUGCCAACCAUACACGACCUUCACGUACAGUUAA